CUCGUAAAAAACUUAAAAAUUGCUCAAUUUACACAGCUCUGAUUACCGGUGUGAGAUCAAAAAAAAAAAAAGAAAAUAUUGUUCUUUCCCAUUGCUUUCCAUUGGACAUCAACAAUGCCUUCAGUAACACUUAAAGACGUUGAUCAACAAAAAUUUGUGGUAGCAUUUGCUGCCUUCUUGAAAAAGACUGGUAAGAUGCCUGUCCCAGAAUGGGCUGACAUUGUCAAGACAGCACGUUUCAAGGAAUUGGCACCAUAUGAUCAAGACUGGUAUUACACACGUUGUGCUGCUGUUAUUCGUCAUAUUUACUUACGCAGUCCAGUUGGUGUUGGUGCAAUAACAAAAAUAUUUGGUGGUCGUAAACGUAAUGGAACACAACCAAGUCAUUUUUGCAGAUCAUCAGGUGGUAUUGCACGUAGAGUACUUCAAAGUCUUGAAGCAGUAAAACUCAUUGAAAAAGAUGAACAACAUGGUGGUGGACGUGUACUCACUGCUGCUGGACGUCGUGAUCUUGAUCGUAUUGCUGCUCAGGUCAAAGCCAAGAGCACUAAACAAAUGAAAAUGCAAGAAACACUUGUUCUUUAAAAUUCAUCAUUUUUUGUAUUUAUAAAAAAUAUUACUUUAUUAAAAAACAAUCUGCUUUUGUAAACAAUUGCAAUAACUGAAAAAAGUAAAAACAAUUUUUACAAUUUA